UUGUUGUGAUCCAUAAACGGGAGCAGGCAGGGCGCUCGGCUCGAUUCUACUACUGCUACUACAAACGGUAGCACCACAAUGGCGUCUACACAAAUAAUUCCCCUUCUUCACGGCAAAUCCCCGACGACACCGUGGUGGCUACCCUUGGCGUUGCUGUCCCUCGUCCUCGUCGGGAGAGGCGAGGGCAACGCGAUGGACAACGUCGCAACAGAGAGGCUGGCUGAGGAAAGCCACCGCCAAGACAGUGCCAACCUGCUCAUAUUCAUCAUGCUGCUAACGCUCACCAUUCUCACCAUAUGGCUCUUCAAGCACAGGCGCUUUAGGUUCCUGCACGAAACAGGGCUCGCCAUGAUCUAUGGCCUUCUGGUGGGUGUAAUCUUGCGAUUCGGUGUCCACGUGCCCCCGAGCAUGAGCGAGGUGGUGCAGGGCUGUGCGGUGAACGCCAGUCCCGCCACCCUGCUGGUCAACGUCAGCGGGCGAUUCUACGAGUACACCCUGAAGGGCGAAGUUAGCCGCAGCAAAGGCCACCAAGUGCAGGAUGACGAGAUGCUUAGAAAGGUUACAUUUGACCCAGAAGUCUUUUUCAACAUUUUGCUGCCCCCAAUCAUCUUCCAUGCUGGCUACAGUCUAAAACGGAGACAUUUUUUCCGCAACAUUGGCUCCAUUCUGGCCUAUGCUUUCAUGGGAACUGUUGUAUCCUGCUUUAUCAUCGGGCUCAUCAUGUAUGGAUUUGUGUCCUUCAUGAAAGUGGUGGGCCAGCUUGGGGGAGAUUUUUAUUUCACUGACUGCCUCUUCUUCGGGGCCAUUGUAUCAGCGACAGACCCAGUGACAGUGCUGGCUAUUUUUAAUGAGCUGAAGGUAGACGUGGACCUGUAUGCUUUACUUUUUGGAGAGAGCGUGCUCAAUGACGCCGUGGCCAUCGUCCUCUCGUCUGUUCUUCUCCGCUUGGAGAAGCAGGCUAGGCGGGGAGCUCGAUCUGUGCGGCCCGAGGGCACAGAGGAAUGGCUGGGGAAGAACCAGACAGUCAUUCCUCGCUCCAUUGUGGCCUACCAGCCGGCAGGUGACAACAGCCACAGCUUUGAGGCCAUGGCCUUGCUCAAGUCCUUUGGCAUCUUCCUGGGCGUCUUCAGCGGAUCGUUUGCUCUCGGCGUGGCCACUGGCGUGGUGACGGCACUCGUGACCAAAUUCACCAAGCUCAGGGACUUCCCCUUGCUGGAGACGGCACUGUUUUUCCUCAUGUCCUGGAGCACCUUCCUGUUGGCUGAGGCCUGUGGCUUUACCGGCGUGGUUGCCGUACUGUUCUGCGGGAUCACUCAGGCUCACUACACCUACAACAAUCUCUCUCGUGACUCACAGGAUCGAACCAAACAGUUGUUUGAGCUGCUCAACUUUCUGGCAGAGAACUUCAUCUUCUCCUACAUGGGCCUGACGCUCUUCUCCUUUCAGUCGCAUGUCUUCAACCCCUUGUUCAUCAUCGGGGCCUUUGUGGCGGUGUUCUUGGGCAGGGCGGCAAACAUUUACCCAUUGUCCUUCCUGCUCAACCUGGGCCGCAAGAACAAGAUCGGAUCCAAUUUUCAACACGUCAUGAUGUUUGCAGGUCUGCGUGGGGCGAUGACAUUCGCCCUGUCCAUCCGAGACACUGCCACUUACGCCCGUCAGAUGAUGUUCUCGACCACCUUGCUGAUCGUCUUCUUCACCGUGUGGAUCUGCGGAGGCGGCACCAUGCCAAUGCUGUCCUUCAUGAGCAUUCCCGUGGGUGUAGACUCUGAUCAAGAUCACUCAAGUUCAGGAAUGUUAGACGGCUCUCAGAGGAGGAACACCAAGCAUGAGAGCGCCUGGCCCUUCAGGAUCUGGUACAACUUUGAUCACAACUACCUAAAACCCCUCCUGACCCACAGCGGCCCCCCUCUUACCGCCACUCUGCCAGCCUGUUGCGGACCACUGGCACGGUGCCUCACCAGCCCACAAGCAUAUGAGAACGAAGGGCCUCUCCACGACGAAGACUUCAUCCUGAACGACGCCAGCGUGAGCUCCAUGUACGCCGACGUCACCGUCAGUACGGACAGCUCGGGCUCCAGCGGGGUCAAGCACCACCGCCCGGCCUCCGUCGACGAGAGCCUGGACCACGAACUGGCACUGGCUGAGCAUGAGGUGGCCAUCCGGGGCACCCGCCUGGUCCUGCCCAUGAACGAUCCGACCGAUCCCCCGACAACCGUGACUCUGCCUCCGCCGCCCUCCCCGCCCCGCUCAGACCCCCGUAGGCACAGACUAUGAGAAAAGGUUUGCACUGGCGGGAUGCGGCUUCUCAUCCAAGUUCAUUUUGUUUCGAAACCCUCCAUUGUUGGGACAGUGGAUUGCACUGUAUGUUCUGCAGGCUAUUUAUACGGCAAUUCACGACGACAGUAUACCAAUCUAGUUCCACGAGAUCGUACUGUACAUUUAAUUGUUAGAUUUUCAAGGCUUGUUAGAACAGUGGCUAUUUUUAUGUGACUGUAAUUCUUUUGGGGUUCCCCUGCGGGCUAUUUUUACAGUGGUUCUCAUUAGACAGAUUGUUUUUUUUGUUUGUUUUUUUUCACAGCUCUGCUAUGUUGCUAGAGUGAGGAAGUCAUUCCAAUGCUUGAAAAGAAGUUGAGAUUUGCAGACAGCCUUGUGGCUAUUUUUAUGUGACCGUUUUAUUUGUUUACUCCUGCAAGCUAGUUUUGCGGUAAUUCUCCACUAGACUUAUCAGUCUUUUUCCUAGCUCAGCCAUGUUGCUAGUGUACGCCAGUCAUUCUUAUUAGUGCGAAGAAUUUUGAGACAGGGGCCCUGGCUAUUUUUACGUGACUAGUGUAUUUUUCUACAGGUUAAUUUUUGGUAGUUCACAACCAUGCCCAUUUAAGCACUUUUUCCAACGUAGCCAUUUAGCUAGUGUUAGCCAGUCAUUCAUGUUAGUGCAAAGAAUUUGAGACUUGGCUAUGGCUAUUUUUACAUGACUGAAGGAAGACUGACUGACUGACUAUUUUUCUGCUGGCUUUUUUUUCCCCUCAUUAGUUCCUGACCAUGCAUAUUCAGCAUUUUUUCCCCAACUCGGCCAUGUUGCUGGUGUUAGCCAUUCAUGCUUAUUGGCGCAAAGGAGGUGCAGCGGUCGGUUUAGUAUAAGUUGAUUUUCUCAAGAAAUUUGACGCAGACUGUUGGGACUUUUUACGGCCGUGGCUACUCUUACGUAUCUUUCGGUAGUUCCCAACACUGCCUAUUCAGCCUUUGCCCCCCCAACUCUGACACUUUGCUAGUAUAAACUAAUCAUUUUUAUUGGUGCAAAGGAUUUGACACUUUAUUCAGCUCAGCCAUGUUGCUAGUGUUAGCCAAUCGUUCUUGUUGGUGCAAAGGAGGUUUAGACAAGCGAGUGGCUAUUUUUCCCUGAUUGUACAGUAAUAUAUCUUUUGGUACUCCCGGAUUGUUCUUAUUGGCGCAAAGGAGAUUCAGCAAUGCAAUCCAAAGUUAUUUUGACAAGUAUUGAUGCUUGUUUAGGCAGUGGCUAUUGUGACAUGAUUGUACUUGUAAAGCUGUUUUUACCGUAGUUCCUCACUAGUUCAAAAUUUUACAGCUCUGCUGUAUUCCUAAUACAAACAAACACAUUUUAUUUGUUUUGGAGAGCAAAGGAAAUGGAGAAAUGCAAUUGAAGUUCAUUUUGUCAAGACAUUUCUCAGGUUGUUGAGGAAUGCUUAUACAGUGGCUAUUUUUACAUGACUGAUUUAUUUUUAUUUAUAUUUCUAUGGUUUUCAAUUAGACUAAUUAGGCACUUUUAAAAACAAUUUUUUACAGCUCUGCCGUUUUGGUAGUUGUAAUUCAUCAUGCUUUUUGGCAGCGUCUAUUCUAACAGUAAUUCCUGUCCUGCCUGAGAAGUGAAUGUGGUCUUCUACUAGGCUGCUAAAUCAUUUCCCACUGUACAGGACCCAAGUUUUGGGUUUUUUACUCUUUCACUUUUUUGUGCUUCACUGACUCAACAUCUGUCUCGCUGCUAUUAAGACCGCAUAACUAACAUACUUAGUAAUGCAACUGAUAAAAAGGGUUAGAAAAAAAUUGUCUCCACAAACCAUUACAGUCACAUCAUUCUAGCCACUGUAUUAACUUUUAACAAAUGAAAGAAUCCUCUGUUUUCACUGUUUCUCGUCGCUUAAAAUCUUUACAUGGACAGGUCCGCCUCAGCUACAUUAGGAGCUUUGCGAGGAGAGCUCCGUGACUGUAGGCUUGAACAUGAGCGCGCUACAUGCGAGGUCAGGUACUGUUAAUCGAACUACACUUAAGGAUGUGCACAUUGAGUCACCGGUUAGAGAGGCUAAGCUACAUGAGAACUGACUACUUCCACACUCCUGUAAAGACAUUUUAGCACUACCUGUGUUUUUCAUUCAUGUGUGGAUUUAUUUAUUUAUUUGUUGUUUUAUGGUAUGAAAUGUCUUUAUUAUGGUGUGUUUGUAGAGGUAGGACAGCUUGGUGGCGAGACACAUCUUUUUGUCCCUUCAAAGGCACCGUGACAGAGUUAUCCCACGGGAGGUACGCUGUAUGAAUGUAGAGAGGUUGUCGAUUGUCAUUCCGGAGGUUUCUUAAUUAUGUGCGUGUGAAAAGAAAUUCUUUGUGUAAUGUAGCAAGAUGCUUCUUACGGCGAGAUGUGCACUUCCCCUGUGAACGUCAUUUACAAGCUUGUGACUGAAAAAAAAAACCGAAAGUCUGCUAAUCUGACUGACACACACGCCCGUGUGCGCUAUGUCUUUGGGAGGAAGGCAGGUUCAAUUGUUGUGAAUUCAAGUGCCUCAAUUGUAAAUUGAACUUCUCAAUGUAGAUUUGUACAUUUGAUUUGUCAUUUUGACUGGUACUAAAUGUGCUGAUUGAUGUUGAAUGUGAACAGUACAGUUGGUCUAAUAGUCAUUUUUAGAUUUAACUAGGAUUAACAAUAUGUCAUCAGAACUAAUCGCAUUGUGGAAGAGUUCAAGGUUUACUGACUCGUUGAGUACACAGUUCUUGGACUUCUAAAUGGUGGAACCUCCAAAGUUGAACGCCCCUAAAGCAGGAAAAUGAAAGCUCUGUUGUGCUUUUUUUUUUUUUUUUGUGACUGUAAAAAAAGAAUAGGUGUAAUGAUAACCAUAGAACAUGAAGUCGAACUGACUACAACAUAGUAAAACAUGUGGCAUCACAGUACAAUACAAGCAAUAAAUGAAUGAGUAAUUAUUAAUUAAUUAUGAAUUAAUUUGUCCAUGAAAAAUGAAUUACAUGGACAAAUUAAUUUCAACAACAUGCUUAUAUAAAUAGCAUGUAGUUAGUGACUUCCAUGACAGUGAUCAAAAAAGAAUUGAAAGAAAGAAAAAAGACACUUCUGUCAGUGUGCAUGCGAAACGGUCUCAGUUCACUUGCAUAUGUCUCCAGGCACACACGCCUGAGACUCUUUCGCUGGGUGUAACUCAUGAAUAUGCGAAAUGCUUGGGUAUCCCCUCACUCACACUCUCGUCCUACAGACUUUUAUCAUUUACAUAGGCAAUCCCACCACAUUUCAGUUGUACAGCCGGGUUCACGACCCUGGUCCUGCAUGCUCCUUCUCCUGUCCUUGUCCUGUCCUAUCUUGUCCUGUCCUUCCCUCACAGGGUGUAGCACUACAGCCCAAUACAACACUCAUAUCUAAUGUUUCAUUGUUGUAGAUAUGUAAUGAUUUACUUUUCUCAUCAAUUACAAUUAGUGCUUUGUCUUUUGCCUUCGUUUCUCUCUCCCCUCUAGAAACUUUAUUCUGAUCGACUCUGAUUCUCAAUAAUCAUCAAUUAUAAUACUAAGAAACCACAGCGGCAGCUUAAAAACUCCACUGUGACACAGUAAAAGUGUUCCAGCAUUAAAGGGAUACAGAUCCUCCAUUCUGCUUGACCUAACAGCUGAACAGGACAAAAAAAAAAAAAAAAGGCUGAGUCGUUUUAGUUUUAUUAGACAUUGUUUCAUGUCUCUAUUCUUGUUUGGCAUUCGGGAACGGUAAAAGGUUACUUAAAGCAUUACUUGUACAGUUGAGGUUUCAUGUGCCAGAGGAGCCUGGAACAAAUUAUUGAGUAAAACUUAGAAUUUAGUCAACGGAGCUUAUUACGUUGGACUUUGGAGGUUCCACUGUAGCAAUACAAAAGGAUCUCACCCACUCGUCUGCUUUUUGCACUUAAGCAUCUCUGUAGUUUGGUGGACUGAAACUCGCCCUUUUGUCUUUGUACCGAGCAGGCUGGUCAACACCCUAAGAGUGUCUUUUGUCUUUAAUAUACCCAGAUAAAUAAUUAUUCCCUCAAUGUGUUUUUGUCUUGAUUUCGUAUUCAGAAUUAAGCUUUUCAGCAAACUCGUCCACAGAAUUUGGAUUGCGUGUUAAUUUCAUGUGUGAAUGAAACAAAGAUUUAAUUUAUAUGGUACUUUUGUCUUAGCUAUCACACUUCAAACUAAAUAUAUUUGGAAAAAAAUGUCUGGUUCUGCUCUUUGUAGAGAUUGAACACUGGAGUAUGUGAGCAUGAAAGUAAUGUAUUUGUGUGAGCAUUUUUAAGAAAAAGAAAUGUGAUCUAAUGUUCAGGAAAUAUUUGACUUAUUCCCUCCUGUUCUGUCAUUCUAUAUUUUUGGUCUCCUGUUUGGCAACUUGCAAAUAUAUUAGAAAUAAAUGUCAAGAACAGCA